GAAUCUACCCGAGAGCGGAUCGAUUCCGAGCAGGAGGAAGGUCGCGCCGCGAUGGCGGUGCUGAGUGUGUUGCGGGCCGCCCUGCGCGGCGCCUCCUCGUCUCUCUUCUCCGCCGCCACUGCCUCCUCUUCCUCCUCGUCAGCGGCCUCCGCCACCUCGCCCCUGAGGUGUCUGCUCGGCCGCGUCCCGGCUGGCCACGUGCGCUACAGCAGCGGCAGCAGCAAGCGGUUGUUCUUCAUCGAGCCCACGAAAUACUUCGACAACAGAUUUCUAAAUCUCACGAUAUUCUACUUAGCCCUGACUGGUGUGCCCGCUGCUAUCAUCAUAACGUACAUCAAUGUGUUUGUUGGUGAGGCGAAGCUGGCCGAGAUUCCAGAGGGUUACAUCCCUGAAAACUACGAGUACCAUAAGCACCCCAUCACGCGGUGGAUCGUAAAGCACGUACUGGAUCCCCCGGAGAAGAACUACGAGAAGGACAUGCACCUCAUCGCAAAGGAGAUGGAGAAGUCCCACCAUUAUGCCAUCGAAGCCAAAGCUCGUCGCUUGAUGCGGGACCGCGGAGACGGGCCCUGGUCCGUCAUGCCGGUCCAGGACCCCGCGGUCAUCAUCCGUCAUCACAAGGCCACCCCGGACGACUGAGCGACGUCCACCCCACACCGACCUGGCAUCGUUCUCUCGCCAAAUGCCGUAGCCGUGGGGCUCCCUCUUGUGCAACCCACCGGACCCCCUUGCCGUGUCAGUGAAGACUCCGCACGUGGCCGGCGCUGUUGUGGUCAAAAAGCUGCGUUUCCAUUUUCACCAUAGUGUGUCUGCGCGCACGUUGUGUGCUCUGAAAAAAAUAAAUAACACUUUUGAACCCGAAGAGAAUAUUA